UCGAGCAGACCGGCUGAUAAACGCAUUACAUUUCAUUUGUUUACUACAAUUUUAAUAAAUGCAUUGGAUAUUUCUUAAACUUGUGCUGUAAAAAUAACUUAAAAUGACAUCAAUUAUUAAAUUGCACACGAUAUCUGGUGCGAUGGACGAGUCACCUCCCUGCUAUAUACUACAAAUAGACGAUGUGCGAAUAUUGUUGGAUUGCGGUUGGGAUGAGAAAUUCGAUCCGAAUUUUAUAAAGGAAUUGAAGAGGCAAGUGCAUACACUGGACGCUGUUCUACUCUCCCAUCCGGAUGCAUAUCAUCUGGGUGCACUGCCGUAUUUGGUGGGCAAGUUGGGAUUAAAUUGUCCCAUUUAUGCCACGAUUCCCGUCUUCAAAAUGGGACAAAUGUUCAUGUACGAUUUGUACAUGUCCCAUUUUAAUAUGUACGACUUUGAUCUGUUCUCACUCGAUGAUGUGGAUACGGCAUUUGAGAAGAUAACACAACUCAAAUACAAUCAAACAGUUUCGUUGAAGGGGAAAGGUUAUGGCAUCUCAAUAACGCCUCUAAAUGCGGGUCAUAUGAUUGGUGGCACUAUCUGGAAGAUUGUAAAGGUCGGCGAGGAGGAUAUCGUCUAUGCCAUUGACUUUAAUCACAAGAAGGAACGACAUUUAAGUGGCUGUGAGCUGGACAGAUUACAGCGUCCUUCAUUGUUGAUCACAGAUGCCUAUAAUGCACAGUAUCAGCAGGCAAGGAGACGUGCACGUGAUGAGAAGCUAAUGACCAACAUAUUACAGACUGUACGCAAUAAUGGCAAUGUUUUAAUUGCUGUGGAUACGGCGGGACGUGUCUUGGAGCUGGCUCAUAUGCUGGAUCAGCUGUGGAAGAACAAGGAGUCGGGUUUGAUGGCCUACUCCUUGGCGUUAUUGAACAAUGUCAGCUACAAUGUCAUUGAGUUUGCCAAGUCACAGAUUGAGUGGAUGAGCGAUAAGCUGACCAAAGCCUUUGAGGGGGCCAGAAAUAAUCCGUUUCAAUUUAAGCAUAUCAAUCUCUGUCAUAGUCUGGCGGAUGUCUAUAAGUUGCCAGCGGGUCCCAAGGUGGUGCUGGCCAGCACACCAGACCUGGAAAGCGGCUACACAAGAGAACUCUUCAUACAGUGGGCGGGGAAUCCCAAUAAUAGCAUUAUAUUCACCACAAGAACUGGUCCCGGCUCUUUGGCCAUGGAACUGGUGGAGAAUUCAACUCCAGGCAGACAAUUAGAGUUGGAUAUACGACGACGUGUGGAAUUAGAAGGCUCUGAACUGGAUGAAUAUUUGCGCACACAAGGCGAGAAACUAAAUCCGUUGAUUGUUAAACCCGAAGUCGAGGAGGAAAGCAGCUCCGAGUCUGAGGAUGACAUUGAAAUGAGCAUUAUUACCGGCAAACAUGAUAUUGUAGUACGUGCCGAGGGACGUCAUCAUUCUGGGUUCUUCAAGUCGAAUAAACGACAUCAUGUGAUGUUUCCCUACCACGAGGAGAAGCUUAAAUAUGAUGAUUAUGGUGAGGUCAUCAAUUUGGAUGAUUAUCGCAUUGUGGAUGCCAACUAUGAGUAUGCCACGGAUGAGCAGAACAAGGAGAACAUCAAGAAGGAGGAAACACAAGUGGAGCAACCAUCAAAUGGAGGAACUGAUGGCGAACUGCAGCUGCUGGAGAAACCCACCAAGUUGUUGAGUCAACGCAAAACGAUUGAGGUGAAUGCACAGAUACAACGCAUCGAUUUCGAGGGACGCUCCGAUGGUGAAUCCAUGCUGAAGAUACUCUCCCAGCUGCGUCCCCGGCGUGUCAUUGUGGUGCACGGAUCUCCAGAUGGCACCCAAGUUGUUGCCCGGCAUUGUGAACAGAAUGUUGGAGCACGUGUCUUUGCACCACAAAAGGGCGAGAUCAUUGAUGUCACCACCGAGAUACACAUCUAUCAGGUGCGCCUUACCGAAGGACUCGUCUCCCAGCUGCAGUUCCAGCGGGGCAAGGAUGCGGAGGUUGCCUGGAUCGAUGGACGUCUGGGAAUGCGUCUUCAAGCCAUCGAUGCACCGAUGCAAACGGAAGUCAGCGUCGAACAGGAUGCAGCCACUCAGGACUCCAAAACUCUGACACUGGAGACACUCGAUGUGGACGAGAUUCCCGUGCACAACUCGGUGCUCAUUAACGAACUCAAAUUGUCCGAUUUCAAGCAGAUUCUCAUGCGCAACAACAUCAACUCGGAAUUCUCCGGCGGAGUACUGUGGUGCUGUAACGGUACGCUGGCUCUACGGCGUGUGGAUGUCGGCAAAGUGGCCAUGGAGGGCUGCAUCUCCGAGGAUUACUACAAGAUUCGCGAACUACUCUACGAGCAAUACGCCAUUGUCUGAAGAAUACUAAAGAAAUACCCCUCACACAAAUG